AACACACAAUACAAACAACAUCUGGGCACGGCAAAGUGAAUAGUCACGUAAAUUUCUUCAAGUGAUGCGGAAGUUAUCCCGUUUUUUCAGAUUACGUGAUCAUUUAGAAUAUAUAUAUGGAUAACCAUUACACUACAUUGAACUGGAAAUUUUCACUUACUCAUCAUUUUUCUGUUUUAUACAACAUUUCUAGAAUGAUAUGAAUAGUUGAUCAAUAACAUAUUAGUCAGAAGUAGUAUUCCCUAGGAUUGUUAGUGUAAAUAUAAGGAGAGUAGCAAUAUUAGUACCAUCAAAAAUGUCUCUACUGUCUCGAAAAAACGUUCAUCUUAUACUAAAAAACAAAACUGCACGUCAGAAGAUUUGCGCACUUCAAUUGAGUGAAAAAUCCUCAGACAAAGAUUAUCAGUAUUUACAAUUCAGUAAGAUACCUACAUUACACUUCCAAAAAUCAUUACCACGUCUACCUAUCCCUAAACUGAGCGCCACCUGUGAUAGAUAUCUAGCAGCACAAAGACCUUUAUUAAUUGAUGAAUCAUUCAGGAAAACAGAAUUUAAUGUUAAGAGGUUUUGCGCCUCAACUGGUCAACAGCUACAGAAAUAUCUGCAAGAAUAUGACAGAGCGAACAAGCAUACAAGUUACAUAUCCGAAAUGUGGUUCGAUAUGUAUUUGAGGGAUAGACAACCUUUACCGCUAAAUUACAAUCCCAUACUUGUUUUACACAAUGACCCAAAUAAGGAUAUGAACGAUCAACUUGUGAAAACGACUAAUCUAGUUAUAAGUUCUCUGAGGUUUUACAAAUCUCUCGAGGCUAAUAUUUUAGAACCCGAAGUGUUCCAUCUAUAUCCCAAAAAGAGUGAUACAGCUCGUUUCCGAAAUAUAUGUAGUAAAUUACCAGAGGCAUUUUCUUGGUAUGGUGCCUACAUGUUCAACGCGUAUCCUCUAGAUAUGAGCCAAUAUUCUAGUCUUUUCAAAUCGACAAGGAUUCCAGAGACAGAUAAGGACAGGCUGGUUUCCCAAGCCAACAGUUCGCAUAUAACAGUCCAACACAAAGGACAUUUUUACGUGGUUAAUGUAUUGUCGGAUACAAAUAGUAUUCUGCCUGCAGAUGUAAUACUAGCAAGAUUGCAAGCUAUACUAAACGACAAUGUGACUGAAGCUGAAUAUCCAAUAGGACCUUUAACUACCUUGAACAGAGAUAAAUGGGCCACAAUUAGGCACGAGUUAAUCGAUGCAGGAAAUGAGAGUAAAAUUAAAUUGAUUGAUACUGCACUUUUCCAUGUCUGUUUGGAUAAUGAAGAGGUGUUAGGAGACCCUGUUAGGACUACAAGACAAUUUCUUCAUGCUGACGCAACCAAUAGAUGGUUUGACAAAUCAUUUUCUUUAAUCGUCACAAAAGAUGGUUACUCAGGAGUUAAUUUCGAACACGCCUGGGGUGAUGGAGUUGCCGUUCUUCGAUACAUGCAAGAAAUAUACAAGGACACAAAAGAAAAACCACAAGUUAAUAAAGAUACGAAAAUAGUUCACGAAAACAAUACUGAACUGAUUCGACUGGAACUCAAUCUUAGUGACAAUUUAAAGAAUGAGAUUCAUAAAGCAAUGACGAAUUAUAAGAACUUAUGUUCGUCAUUAGAUGUCAAUUAUUUGAUAUUCGAUGGUAUUGGUAAAAAUGUAUGCAAAAGGGAGAGUGUCAGUCCCGACGCAGUGAUGCAAUUAUCCUUUCAGGUUGCUUAUCACAAACUGACUGGAAAAUUUGUACCAUCAUACGAAUCUUGCAGCACUGCUGCAUUCAAACAUGGCCGAACUGAAACAAUCAGACCUUGUACAGUAGCCACCAAAGAUAUGGCUCUAGCUCUCAACUCAAAGUUGUCGAAAGCAAGUCCGCAAGAGCUGAAACAAAUGCUUGCGAAAUGCUCGCAAUAUCAUAGUCAAUUGACGAAAGAGGCUGCAAUGGGACAGGGUUUUGAUAGGCAUUUAUUUGCUCUGAAGCAUUUCGCUGCUAAAAAUAAGUUGGACUGUAAUAUUUUCCACGAUCCUGAGUAUACAAUGAUGAAUCACAAUAUUCUUUCAACAAGCACUUUGAAUUCCCCGGCUGUCAUGGCUGGUGGGUUUGGCCCUGUGGUAAAAGAUGGGUUAGGUGUUGGAUACAUGAUUCUGGAUGACGCAUGUGGUGCUAUAGUUACAAAUUAUCUUGCAACUGCCAAUGGAAAAGGUUUUAUAGAAGCGCUAAAAUCAUCCCUUGAAGAUAUACUUAAGGUUUUGAAUCAUAAAAGAUGAAGCGGGGGGAUUGUUGUAUAUUUUGAUAUGGGAACAGGAAAAUAGUGCCUUAUUAUUUUUAAGCGCUUCUUGGGGGGAAAAAGGAUUUAUUUUAUACAAAAGGAAAAUGUAUAUUUUUUUUUUAAUAAAAUACAUUGAAGCUGAAA